GCCGCCGCCCGCCCAGUCGCCGUCCGCCCGCCUUGCAUCGCACGCGCAUAACCUGCCAAACAGAUUAAUUCAAAUUGAAAAUAUACAGCCUAUGGAUACGUGAUAAGUGAAAGUAAAAAUGUCCUUCCGAAACUACUAUGAUUCAUCAUCGUAUAAUAGAAAUAGAGAAGCGGGUAGAUCUACAGCCAACACAGCCACAGAACGUCCAGCAUCACUUACAGCUAAAUAUACUACGACUUCAUCCCUAAAGACAUCCAGUAUUCCAGUUCUCUCCGACCGCAAUGCCCGCGAAGAAACACCAAUCAGUGCUAUCGCAAAUAGAUAUGCUAACUAUAAUAAAACAAACAUUGAUAAAUCACACACAACUACUGCAUCCUCUAAGUAUGAGAAGAAAGAUUAUUCAAAACUAUCGAUUCCAUCGGUCAGUACAAAUAAAAGCAGAGAAGUUAGUCCUGUAUCAUCAACGUCUAAAUAUAAGCUAAGCAGGCAUUCACGUCAAGCCAGCCCCGAAAGAAAAACAGCUAAAGGUUUUAAAGAAAAGUGUAAAGAUAAUGGACCUACAGAACGCGACAAAGACAUUCCAACAAAGACUGAAAAGUCCUCAGGCUACAGCAGUCUGUCGAACUACAAACUUUAUCCCCGUUCUGUAAGUUACACCCGUCCUGUUUCGAGAGCGGAUUCAAAGCCAGAAAUAAAUUACAAUCGUACGACGGCAAGAACUGAAACAAAACCUGAAAUAAACUACAGCCGUCCUGCAACAAGAGCUGAAACAAAAUCUGAAAUAAAUUACAGUCGUCCAUCAACAAGAUCUGAAAUAAAACCAGAAAUUACUGUUAAUAGGUAUGCUAUAGCAAACCGUUUGUCAUCUUCGUCCUACCUUAGAAGUCCUACACCAGUUAAACGACCUUCGGUUUCUCCUGUUAAUCACAUAGAAAUUCCUAAACAUGAACAAACAAAACCAGUUUUACCAAAUAUUAUAGUGGAAGAAAAUAAUAUAUCACAGAAAGAUGAUUCAGAUGCAAGUAACAAAAACAAGUGUCAAAUUGAUGUAGAUGAUGAAGAAGAAUUAGAAACUAUUACAGUAAUAACACGACACACAUCACCAACACCACCCGGAUCUUCAUCUUAUGUUCGAAUAAGACGAGCUGACCUGGCUAAAACUAUUGAAAAAAUUAUAACUAGAAAGAAAAAAAGACCAGAUACAAUAGAUAAAGAAAUCCAAUCUGAUAGAUUAGAUGAUCCCACAAGAACAAGUCGGUUUGCAGGUACUAGCAGGACAAGUGUUACAAACUGGACAUAUUACACUCCAAAUGUCAAUAGCUAUACAGGUUAUGCAGGAAGGUAUUCAACACAGUAUUCUACACUGCGAGACAAUUCAAAUUCUUAUAGAGAUAGGUGUAGCCGAAGUCGAAGCAAAGAACCUAUUGCACAAGAAUGUAUUCAAGACGAAUCCUCAGGAAAUAUGCAAGACAAUGACUGUAAUGAUCAAGAUAAUAGAAUUUCAGACUUUCCUCAAGAUGCCAUUAAUGUAUACGAAAAUAAUAAAGACGACGAAACAUCUCAAAUUAUUAUAAAUGUCAAUUUAAAAUUGAAAAAAUCAAGAAGUCCUUCUGCUGUUUCUAUGACUGAGUUAGUAUCCCCAGAAAUUACUAUAACAAAUAAUCAACUGCCUCCCCAGCCUCCAAAGCCAGAGGGUUCGAGUAAACUUAAAAAAGGAAAAGGACGAAAAUCGAGUACAGAUUCAUCAUCUGACUCAAAUUCCACGAAAAAGCUAGGAAAAAAACGAAGUAAAUCUGUCAGUUCCACUGAUUCUGAUCAAGGUAGUGAAAAAGGAAAUUGCAUCAAUGCGUCUCCUAACAAUGCAUCAAAAAAUUUAAAAAAGAAUAAAUCCCAAAAUGGUCUUCAAAGCAUAAAAAAACAUCACAAAUCAAGAGACAGCAACAGCCCUGAAUCAAGCUUAACAUUAUCAUCAUCCAUAAGCGAAGAUGAAAAUGCAUCUAAAUCAAAAACGAACGAUUCGUCGCGAACCUCAGCAAUUGAGACAUCUUUACCAACUGAUACAAUUUACAAGCAUUCCUCUACAACGACACCUCAUAAAACUGAAAGUGGAACAGAAGACGCUAAGUCAUUCUUAAUCCGAGCAUUGGCGCCUGUUACUAAUCUUUUUAAACUACGUCACCAGGAAUGCAGUGAUAAUAAUAAAUGGGUAGAUAAUUCAACAUCUGAUUCAACUAGUAAGGAUGCAUCGACACCUCUAUCAGAAAAUACUGUGAUCAAAAAUAAAUGUCAUGCAGAUAAUAUAGUUGCUUCUAAUGAAGACAAUCUAGUUAAACUAAAAGGAAUCCGGCGAAUCGAAUCUGGUGAAAGGUCAUUUUGGCUAGAGUCAGAAAACAGUAAUAAAAGUAACCCCGAUAAAAAUACUAAUGACGCGGCAAAUGAAAAUAAGAACGAAACUCAAUUCUGGCAACUGAAAAAAUCAGAAAGUAAGGAUUCUAAAAGGUCUUCAAAAAAAUGUUUAUUUAUUGAUGAAGAAAAGCCAUGGUGGUUAGAUAGUAAUGCCAAUAUACCAGAAGGGAUCGAGAGGCUAUCCCCGCCUCGAAAAUCUUCCAGCGAAGAUGACAAAAGUGAAAAUUUUAAUUUUUACAAACUUCGUCAAAUGGAAUCUGGAGAACAAAACGAUUGGUAUUUGACAAGUAAUGAGAGUUCUUCUAAAAAUAAUAAACUUGAAUCACCCAAUAGCUUAAGUCCAAGUAAAUCAGGUUCCGACCAAAAAACGUUUCCGCUGAGACGCAUUAGACAUAUUGAAUCAGGUGAGCGACCUUGGUGGCUAUCGAGUGAUAAAAACAUUCCAGAAGGUAUUGAAAAGUUACCUACUCCGCCACCUCAAGAAGAAAGUGAUUCUUCCGAUUCGGAUGAAGUUGAAGUCUAUAUGCCAACUUCACAAAUACCACCUUUUCCGUUACAUUUGCCUGACGAUGAACCCUUAGGUGAUCGGAGAAGUCCAGAAGGCCUAGAAAACCCUAAUUAUGUAGAGCUUUAUAGAGAUCGCAGCUCACCAUAUGAGAAUAGUGGCCAUUAUAGAAAUCGUAAUAAUUUGACAUAUUCUAAAGGUGCAAAAUAUAUUUCACGCUAUACAGACAUCGACGACAUAUUAGGAAAUUCAAACCAUAUUUACAGUCCAUUUAUGGAUUCCAUGUUAGCAAAACGCACCAAUCAUAAUAUUGCAUAUGAAGAUGAUGAUGAUGAUGAUGAAUGUGAAGAGAUAGAUCCUACUCAAGUUAGAAUCCAUGACAGCACACCGCAGAUGCCUGUUAUCAGAAAAAUGCAUUCCAGGAGUGAUUUGAUUGACUACGAUGAUGCGGAUCAAAUGCAGCGGGAGCAGUGA